AUGGUGCCAGGAACUCGCCCAAAGAAGCAAAAGUUGGCAACAAAGGUGGCUGCCAACCAGGAGCCACCACGCACGCCAACCAGAUUGACUAGGCAAAGUGCAGCCAUGCCUUCGCCUGGUGGCCGUCCACCACCUAAAAUAAGACAUCCCUUGCCUCCUAAGUACACUUCCAAAGCCAACCCUAAACCUCCACCUAUUUCUAGUACCAGCCAACUGCAAGCCCAGCUCACUACAAGCAGCAGCCAGACCAACCAAACUACAAGCACAGUGCCUACUCAUCCAAUAAUCACUAGGACCGAUCCAGCCAUGUCUUCACCUCUUCCAAACACAGUGCCUAGUCCUCGUAAGUUCACUAGGCAAACUGCAGCCAAGCCUAUGGCUGGUGCAAACCCUGCGUAUCAUCCUAGUGUCUCCACUGCUACCUUGUCUCAUCAACCUACUCCCAAUGAUGUAGCCAUGUCUACGGCUGGUGCACCCAUUUCUUCACCUCUUCCAAACACAGUGCCUAGUCCUCCUAGGCAAACUGCAGCAAGGUCUACGCCUAGUCCAAACCCUGGUACCUUGUCUCGUGAACCUACUCCCACAACUAGUGUAAACCAAGUGCUGGAAACCUCGCUAGGUGCACAGAGUUCUAGGCAAAGCAAUGACCUCAAUGAGUCAGUUGAACAAUUUGGGGCUGCUACUUCAGAGGGUCAUACAGAUGAAGGAGAACGAGUUGGUGACUUGGUUCCAAUGCGCCGAAAGGAAGUCCGCAAGAAAACCAUGGGUCAUGGAUUAGAGAAGAUGCUAAAUAGAGGAAAGAAGCUAGCUAUCCAAGUGGCUGAAGGGAAGAAAAGACCUGAUGUACCACUUCAGGCAGCAAAGCUGGCAUCAGAAACUGGUGUGCUUCUUAGAGACAACUUGCCUAUCUUCCCAUCCUGGAAGGAUUAUAACGAUGAGGCGGGGCAACAAGAAGUCAAAAAAGUGCUUCAGAAAGUGGCGUCUAGGUUGGAUGUGGACGUUAAGAACGAGGGACCAAGCCUUGAUGCAUGCACUGAUAUCAUUAAGAGGGGAGAGAGAUGUGCUAAGAAUAAAGUCAACCGAGGCCAAGUGCAGCUACACCAAAGGACUGGAUCUAGGUCCUAUAUUGCCCAUCGGUAUAGCCUGAGGGCUAAGUACAACGACAUGAAACCUGAUGCUGUUGAUUUCUUUGGUGAAUGCAUGAAUAGUCCCCAAAGUGGUCGAACUCCUCUUGCCAAUGAAAUAUAUGCACAAAUGGUGGCAGAGAAGGAAAGAGAGCCAGAAGAAGGAGAAGCACAAAAGUCACCCUCCAAGAUUGUUGCUGACAGUCUCAACCAGAUUAGCCAUUCAUCCACCUUUCUUCCCAACACUGCAGAACAAGCACACAUGCAAGCUGAGUUUGAGGCAAGACUCCAAGCUGAAAGAGAUGAAGCUGCUAGGAAGCAGGAAGAAUUGCAAGAACAGCUUCAAGCUCAGCAGGCCGCACUUCAAGAAAACAAGAGUUUGCUGCGCCAGACCCAAGAGGAAGUGAAGGGGAUGCAUACCAAGUUUGAAGAGACUAAUGCACUGCUGCGAGCUGACCUGAAACUUCAGAAAGAUUGA